AAACUUACAAAUCCUAUCUCACCCCCAAGUCUCUCUCAUUUCUUCCCACCCAGAGAGCUUUUCCCUUGUGAGUGACUAUACAUAUCAUAUGGAUCAAACCAAGCACCAUAACAUCCAAACUCUGACUCAGUUCAGCCAAUUCUACUUUCCCAAGAUUGCUAUUCAAGUUCUUCUCUCUGUAUCUAUAUUUUCCUUCCUAUUUUCCAAUUCCUCUCUGUUUCCUUUCCUUCUCCAUACUUUCAACACCUAUGCUUUUGCAACUGACAGGAACUACAUAUUCCUGCUUUGCAAUGGGAUUCUGGUUUUUCUCAUCGGAAACUCCGGCUUGAUCAGCAAUUCUCCAUGGCACGCUGAUAAAAUGGGUAGUUCAGUGCACGAGGCUACUGCUAUCGCGGAGUCGAGAGAGGGUCAAAUGUACACAGCUUUUCAUCCGCAAGUGGAGAGAUCGUCUCCGCCGCAUGCUGAUAUGAAAGAAAAUCAGGUGAAGAACAACACUGGUAAGUCUCAGAGACCAUUAACAGAAUCACCAGAUAGAAAGGCAAUUGUUAUAGAAGAAGCUGAUAUGGAAGUAGAAGAACAAGGGAGGGAAAAUGGGAUUUUGGUUAUGGUUGGAGAGAGUGAAGACUUGAUUGCAGAAAAUGUAGAUGCCAAUGACCAAGCAUAUCAGUUUCAUGAUAUUGAAGAAGAGGAAGAGGAAGGAAUUGGGUCGUUGAGUGCAGAGGAAUUAAACAAGAGAUGUGAUGAUUUCAUAAAGAAGAUGAGAGAAGAAAUCAGAAUUCAGUCCAAACAACUAGUUUAUGUUUCAGAGUCUUUGAUUAAUAAGCUAACACUGUAAUCAUUAAUCUGUUAUAAAUAGUGACUUGUGAUUUUCUGUCACAAAUUCCACCUCAAUUUUCUAUACCUGUUUGGUAUUUGUAUGAAUUUUCAGAAGAACUUUCUGUUUCUCAAGAUAAAUUUCAGUUAUCAACAAAGUC